UCAGCAGCAGACGUUGUUCCACAUACUCUCAGUGUAUUGACCACUUAGCACAAUCUCCUUCCUGGCAUGUGCAUUGGCCAGAUUUCACAACAGGCUGACAGCGAUAGUAGUAGUAGCAAGUGCUGUUUGUAUGUGUGGAUGUGUUGGAAAAUUGAGUGAAUUUCUUUUGUAAAGAAUCUCUGUGGUUUGUGGAUAGUGAAUAAACAGCAGUGUUGAUGGUAUUGUCUGUAUGGUACAGAUUGUACUCGUGUAUAUACUAUCAAACACCUACAUAUAUACAAAAAGAGACAGAAACUGCCUGGAUUUAUGUGAUACGGGGACCACAAUGCAUAAGAUUACAGAGAGAAUAUAAUGCCCGAAUCACCGGACCCUAAAUCAGCUUUACAAUCACCGCUAGCAUCUAGUAUGGCCGGGGGAAUCUCUGCCCGAGACGUGCCACGCCCUCACUCAAGGGGUAGUACCCUUUCUGUAAAUGGAACACACUCGCCUCUGAGUGGUUUAAAUGGUCGGACACCGUCACCAAACCUAAUGGUGAGUUCGUCGGUCAGCCAACAACUUCCUCCAGCCUGUGGAGCACGACAACUCAGCAAGUUAAAGCGCUUUCUCACUACACUCCAACAAUUUGGCUCCGAUAUUUCACCAGAAAUUGGAGAGCGAGUCCGCACCCUGGUACUCGGACUUGUGAAUUCUCACCUUUCCAUUGAAGAGUUCCAUGCUAAGCUACAGGAAGCAACCAAUUUUCCUCUGCGACCAUUUGUGAUACCAUUUCUGAAGGCUAAUCUGCCGCUCCUCCAGAGAGAACUGUUGCAUUGUGCUCGUAUGGCCAAGCAGACACCGCAGCAGUUCCUGAACCAGAAUGAACACAUUCUGUUUGAUGCUUCGUCAUCACCUAUCGACUCACAUGACAUCCCAACAGAUAUUAACGAAAAUGGAAAACGCAGAUCCCCCGACAGUCGAUCCAAGGACAACGGGGUCGGACCAACACACUCCGAACCAGAGCAUCCAGCCAAGCGCCAUCAUUCCUUGAGCCCGAGGGUCAGCCCGAACGGUGUUCUUAAUCUCACAGCAGGACCAAUCCGUUUAGAGGAUAUCAGUCUAUCACGGGAACUCCGAGAACGGGAGAGAGUGGAACGUGAACGGUCAGACAGAGAACAUGGUGAUAGAGACCGGGAACCCAACUUUUCAGCACCAUUCAACAACAAUAACUUCAAUCGGUCAGAUUCAUUUGAACCACUUGAGCGACUGGAUGAUGAUUGGAGACAUGUAGAAACGAUGCUCAAUUGUAUAAUUGGCAUGGUGGACAAGACUAAGAGAGCCUUGGCUGUGCUACAGGAGCGAAGUCUACGAGACCGUGAAGAACUCUCGCUGUGGAUGCGUCGUCAUGCUGAGGGUCUUGACCAGGAUAUGAAGAAACGCUCUAACGACAUGAUGGCUCAUACUCUACGCCACACAGAGGACCGUGUCUCAGAUGUGAGGCGCAGGGCUGAAGAAGCUGUUAACGAGGUGAAGAGACAAGCUAUGUUGGAGCUACAGAAAGCAGUGGCUGCCGCUGAGCAGAAAUCCCGAGAGAUGGUGACAGCUGAACGGCUUAAGAUGGACCAGGCUGUGAGUGAGGCUCGUAAACAAGCCCACAGCGAGACUCUGGCCAACCUUAAUCAUCAAGAAGACUCCAGUGAGAGUUGCUGGAAUUGUGGCAGGAAGGCCAGUGAGACAUGUAGUGGCUGUAACAUUGCACGCUACUGUGGCUCAUUUUGUCAACAUAAGGACUGGGAGAACCACCAUCAUGUCUGUGGAAAGUCGCAGGUAUCAGACGUUCGUUCCGACUCAUCCUCCCGUGCUCAUCGACCACAGGGUCCCGGACUACAGUCAGACUCCAAUCCACCUGCAACCACCCAAGCUUCAAGCCCAGCCCACUCUACAACUUCCCCGACGCACUCCUCAGGUGCCUCGCGCUCUAGCACACCGGCUGAAACCAAACCAGUCGAUGCUACACAUUAAGGAAGUGGUAUAGGGAUUUGGAGUUAUGUCCCUUGGUAGAUUCCAAAGUUAUCUACCCUUGGCAGUAAAACUUUUGGACCAAUAACAUUACUGACAAUUGAUUUUAUCACCAUGACAUUGAUGUUUUCAUCGAUUUUAUUCAAAACUUAUGGCAGGAACCAUAACUUCAGGUACUUUACAAGAAAGUGGUCAUAUCCAGGAGACUACUGUUUGAACUUUUUUAAAAAAAAAUGGCAGAGACAUUUCAUUAGCAAAUACAUUCAUGAUAUCAAUAGGAAAGAUAUAUAGAGACAGCAGCACUGUUCUGACGUGCAAUAUCUUCACCCAAGUAUGUUGGUAUGAAACACAUAUAUCUGGAUUGUAGAUGUAUCUAUGAUAACCCUGAAUGACUUGAAAUACUACCAAGCAGAUAGCUGGACUAAAAGGUAUCUAUAGACCUGCUGUAGACCAUCGACUUCAAAAUUUUGCACAAACAUUCAAAAGAUAAGAUUGAUAUUGUGCAUAUUUAUUAGUCAUCUAGUUGGUAUUUCUUGAGUGACUUUGUGUUGGAUUGCCUACCGACACAAAAAAUAAAUCAGAUCAGCAUGCAUUGGAAAAUACAUGUGAUGGUGGAUGGACCUAUAUAACAUUACGUGUGUAACAAAGAUGUGAUAUUGUGUAUGGUGGUGUAUUGUGUGUUUACACUGGAGACAGUCUUAAAUAUAUUUGUGUGUGUUGAUUGUCAACUUGAUUCACUGUUGAUGUGGAUCUUGUUUCCAGUAGUCGACCAUUUAAACAGGGUAUCAAAUUGUAUUAUAUUGUGAAGCAGUGUUAUGGAUGGUUAUAGACCUGUCUAGAGGUCCAUGUAUUGUUUCUUGCAAAAUUACUCGCACUGACACAUUUAACUUUUGGUUAAAUGUUUACACUGAGGAAAAAAAUUCCUGUUCCCAAAAAUCUAGUUUUAUUUGAAAUUUUACGUAGCUGAUGAUAUUUCUUCUCUCUCUUUUCCCCAUUUUUCUGUUUGGACUUAUAAGAAAUUUUCUUGGUGUCUCGAAUCCAAAACAAUAAAUAUCCAGAUCACAGUGGCACUUUGAUAGCGAUAAGUGUGCACCGGCAGCUAAGUUAGUAGCGCAUGUAUUUCACAAAGCUCUCCUUUUAUGAACCUGCCUGGAUAAAGCUUUGUACAUAAACUAGAUAGGGAAUUGCAGGGCAUUUCCAUUGUCUGGUUACUGAUUGGUAUAUGUACUUUGUAUAUUUCCAUUAAAAUUAUUCUGGUAGACAAGAAAUUUCGUUAUAACAUGACACCUGUUUCUUAAGUAUUCACAGGAAGUAAGGUUUCUUUUAUAAAUAUAGGUCAACGUAUGCUCAUUGUAUAACGUAAACACAACUGAUUCUUCAGGUUCAAACACAAAUUUUAUUUGCCUGAAUUUUACAGGAGACAAUUUUACUUUCAAAGUGAUUGUAAUAGAUUAUCUCCCUUGAAUAAAAUAUUUGUUGGCAAGGGAUCAAUGUGAUAGAAUAUCUCCCUUGAGUAUAAUAUUUUUGGGGCAAGGGAUCGAUAUUGCAAUAAGCCUAUGACUUUAAAUUUAAAUUAAGAUUAUACAGAUAUCCUUUUGCUUAACACAAACUACAUCAUAUGAUGUGUCAAGCAUUUAUAUUUCUCUGGAUUAUAUGCUGCAAGCAGAUUUAUCAUUUACUAGAUAUCUUAAAAAUAAUUUUCAUUUUUUUUCUACUAGAGUCAGAACGGCCUAGUGUCUCCUCUCUUUGUGCAAUAUGUAGUCGUGUCUCUUCUCAGUGUCCAAUGUGUAGAUCAGUGCUCAUAUAUUGAAUAGUAAACGUUUCUUUAAAAAAAUCUUUCAGAACUCUGAAAUAAAUACUCAUGAUGAAAAAUUA